AUGCAGAAUCAAAAUGCUGCCAUCAAGAAACUGGAGACACAAAUUGGUUAUCUAUUCAAGCAGCUUUCUAACCACAACUUCUGCAAUAAUAACAAUUCAAGCAAAGAAGAGGAGUGUCAAGCUAUAACACUUAGGAGUGGGAAGGAACUUAAGGAACUCUCCCAAAAACCACAAGAAGAAGGCUCAACUGAAAAGGGAGAAGAGCAAGAUGGAGUUCAAACUCCCACUUCAAGUCCACAAAAAGAAAAAGGGAUGCCAAAACUGAACAUCUCAAGAGCUCCAUAUCCUCAGCAGUUGAAGAAAAAGGAAGAUGACAACCAGUUCGUGAGAUUCUUGGAAAUCUUUAAGAAACUACAAAUCAACAUACCCUUUGCUGAAGCAAUAGAACAAAUGCCACUCUAUGCCAAGUUCCUGAAGGAGCUAAUGACUAAGAAGAGAAGCUGGAAGAACAAUAAGACUAUGAUACUAACUGAAGAAUGUAGUGCUAUCAUCCAGCACAAACUACCCCAGAAGUUGAAGGAUCUUGGGAGCUUUCAGAUCCCUUGUAUUAUAGGGGAAAUCACAGUAGAGAAGGCCCUUUGUGACUUAGGAGCCAGCAUCAAUUUGAUGUUAGUAGCAAUGAUGAGGAAGAUGAAGAUCGAGGAGGCUUAA